CCUUAAUUUUAUAUGCAAUAUUCAAUAACAGGACAAUAUAAAACCCUUUGCAAUACAUCAAAUACUCUCACAAUUCAGCAAAGAUCUUCAAGAAAACUUCUAAAACAACCAGUGAUCAAUUCCAUAUAUGGCAGACAUAAUUUCAAAAGUGUUUGAUGAAAAUGAAGAUUUUCGCGCUCUCAUAGUAUUAGAUGAUGAGCGCACCGAGGAAUUGCAGCUCCAAGAGGUUCUUGGAGCCUCAUUAGAAAUCUUCCAUCAUCACAUGUCAUCAUCAACAAUCCAAGAAUCCCCUGAAUCAUCCCAAGGUUACUGCGAUAUUUGCCUAGAUUCAAAAAGAACAGAUGAAAUGUUCAAACUCGAGAAUUGCUCUCAUCAUUCUUUCUGUUCUGACUGCAUAGGCUUACAUGUCCAAUCCAAGAUUCAACAGAAUAUUUUUCCUGUAACUUGUCCAGGUUUGAGAUGUCGCGCAAUAAUUGAACCUGAAUCUUGUAAGACAAUUAUUCCAGAAAAUGUUUUCGCGAGGUGGGAAGAGGGAUUAUUGAGCGAGUCAAGUCUUCUUGCUUGUGAAAACAUUUAUUGUCCUUAUAGAGAUUGUUCAGGGCAGCUAUUUUAUGAUCGUGAUCAAGGCACAAUUGAGUUAUGUCCUUUAUGUCGAAGGCUGUUCUGCGCGCCAUGUGGUGUCCCUUGGCAUACUGGGUUUGAUUGUGACAAGUUUCAAAAGGAAGGAAAAGACAGAGAUGAUAUAAAAGUUGAGGAACUUGCUAAGAAAUCUAAGUGGAUGAAAUGCCCUCAAUGCAAACACGUUGUGCAGAGGGCUGAUGGCUGUAUACAUAUAACCUGCUGGUGCAAAUUUGAAUUUUGCUAUAUAUGUGGAGGAACAUGGAGUGAAGAGCAUUGGAGUUGCCAGAUUAGUUAAUGAUCAUAUCGGAUUGCAUUCUUCGUACCAAUUCAGAUGCUGGAUGUUUGUUGUCUACGUACUAGCCAGAAGGUUCAGAAUUACAAAAACAAAAAAAAAAAAAAGAAAAAAAAUAGGAACAAAAUUAUACUGCUCUUAGUUAGUACUUUAUAAUGUGAUUAAUUUGGUGUGUUGUCCAAAAUGUUGUAAAGUAUGUACUUCUGUAGCUUCCUAAUUGGACCUUAGAUCUCGUUCACCUGUUUUGGUUA